CACCAGAAGUACUCGACACAGGAAGAGGAAGUUCUUACCUACAUCACACAGUCAAUGUGCUUCUCAGACAGUCAGCAGCAAGACACCAUGGAGGUUACAGCUUUCUGCAUCACACUGAUGAUGAAUGCGUUGAUGUUGCUGGUUGCCCAUAUUCAGCAUGGUUAUCCUCAGACACCUGUUUCAGACGCAGCUUUUCGUAUUGUUCCAACCAGACUGCAGCUUUUUGAAUACGAGUCUGUCCACUUUACCUGUGAGGGGUUUAAUGUCCUAGCUGGGUGCAGAGUGAGAACCAUCAAGGAAUUAAUUCCAGCAUGUUCAAAUGAUAUAGUAAAGUCAACAGUGACCUGCACCAUUGACUUUGCCUUUCCAUCAGACAGCGGAGAAUACUGGUGUGAAGCUGGAGGAGGAAAGAGAAGCAACACUGUCAUCAUCACUGUCACCGCUGGUUCUGUGAUUCUGGAGAGUCCUGCUCUUCCUGUGAUGGAGGGAGAAGCUGUAACUCUGAGCUGUAGAACCAAGUUGACUUCCUUCUCCAGUCUCAUCACCAAUUUCUAUAAAAAUGGCCUCCUCAUCGGGAGCAGUCCUACAGGAAACCUGACCAUUGAAAGUGUUUUCAAGUCUCAUGACGGCCACUACAAGUGCAACAUCCCUGGAGCUGGAGAAUCACCAGAGAGUUGGCUGGCUGUCAGAGAAGAGAAGUAUGAUGGCUCAGUGACACAAAGUGAGGACUCACAAUGCGCAGACAGAACAGCAAAAACCGCUUCUACCAUCUCUCAAUCACCAAAUGAGGAGUCCCUCUCCGAUGACUCUGACUCGCCUCCUCCCCAAUCACCUAAAAACCGCCCUCGUGCCGUCAUCCCGCUGUGGAUCACUUUAAUGGUGUUAAUGUUGGCGUUGGUGCUGCUGGUGGUGGUAUACCUUCAUAUGAGGAGAAGCAAAGGUGCAGAAAAGUAA